CAAAUAAAUUAAAUUUAAAAAAGUGCGCCAACUCGAUUUCCCGAUUCAGCACCACCGUAUCACCACCAGCUAUGGGCGAUGAAGUUACCAUCGACGGCGCCGACGAGGACUUAGCCCUCUCCAAGUCCGAGUUUCUCAGCCGACAAGAGGUGCUUCGCCGGCGGUUGCGGCGGAUCAAGCAGAUAGCGAGGCACUACAAAUCUCUCUACUGGAGCCUAAUGGAGGGGGUCAGGAGAGACUACAAGGAAUACUAUUGGCUCUACGGAAAGAGCCCUUUCAAAGAAGACGAGAAGAAGAAUGACGAAGAAAACGAUGGAAAUAAGUUAGGGUUUCGUCUGAAGUGUCAGAUUUCAGAUUGCAAAGAGAAAGCGAUGGCGUUGACUCGGUUUUGUCUUAAACAUAUUUUAAAGGAUUCUAAUCAGAUCCUAUAUCGAGGCUGUAAUUUUCCUAUCAAGAGUGAGCAGAUUUGCAAGAAACCAAUCCUAAGAUCCAUUAAUCCUCCUCAUUGCCCUGUCCAUGCUCAAGCAGCUGAAAAACAUCUUCAACGAGCUUUGAAAAGGGCCGGCCUUGACGUCCCAUCUCCAGGUAAGCUUGCUCCGAAGUUGCAUGUUGUUGUCGUCGAGUAUGUUCGCCAGAUUCAAACUAAAAGAAGCGAAGCACAACGGAAAUCUGUAUCUAAAAUCAAGAGUGAAGAGAAAGCUAGUGAAAGCUGAAUACAUUCAGCAAAUAUGUUGUCGGACACUGGAAUUGU